AUGGCCGGUGCCAUCGAGCUGAAGCGACCCGUCGGUGCCCACUGCCACGGCGCCAAAGCCCCGGCGUGUGACGUGAGCGGGGACAGGCUGCUGGCCAAGAGGAAGCUCUGCAUCGCUUCGGCCGUGUGCCUCGUCUUCAUGAUUGGCGAGGUCAUAGGAGGCUACCUGGCCCACAGCCUGGCCAUCAUGACUGACGCAGCCCACCUCCUGACGGAUUUUGGCAGCAUGAUGGUGAGCCUGUUCUCCCUGUGGAUCUCCUCCAGACAGCCCACCAAAACCAUGAACUUUGGUUGGCACAGAUCAGAGAUCCUCGGGGCAUUCAUCUCAGUCAUUUCCAUCUGGAUCGUUACGGGGGCGCUGGUCUAUUUAGCCAUCGAGAGGAUCGUACGCAACGACUACGAGAUUGAUGGCCAUGUAAUGUUGGUCACCUCCGGGUGUGCCGUCAUCGUCAAUAUAAUCAUGGCCUACAUCCUCCAUCAUUCCACCACCUUCCACGCCCACGGCAGCGGCUACCACCAGAUAGACGAGGGAGGCCAGAGCCCCGUGGCCCACGGCCACUCCCACACGCUCCUCGGUGGCCACAGCAACACGAGCGUCCGCGCCGCCUUCAUCCACGUGCUGGGAGACCUGCUGCAGAGCGUCGGCGUCAUGGUGGCAGCCAUCAUCAUCUACUUUCGGCCCGAGUAUAAAGUUGCAGAUCCCAUCUGCACGUUCCUGUUCUCCGUCUUUGUCCUCUGCACCACCGUCACCAUCCUCAGAGACGUCUUCAGGAUACUCAUGGAAGGCUCUCCUAAAGGAAUUGAGUUUAACUCGGUGAAGGAGGUGCUGCUGUCGGUGAAGGCUGUGAAGUCCAUGCACUCUCUGCACCUCUGGGCCUUGACUCUGGGCCAGGCACUGGUCUCGGUUCACCUGGCCAUAGAGGAGGGUGCCGACGCUCAGUCUGUGCUGCAGGAGGCCACCGAUCUGCUCAACACCAAGUUUGGUUUCCACAGCAUCACCAUCCAGGUGGAGCUCUACUCUGAAGACAUGAGCCACUGCUCCCACUGCCAGGACCCCAGUGACUGA